UUCUGUUUUGUUUCCUGAACAAUCACUUCCCGUUCAUGCCCAUCCACAUCCGCCCCGUUUUCGCGCUGAAAAAGCGCAAUGGCUAACGAGGAGUUGCAGGCACUCGCUGCUCUUCAGAUCGCGCAAGCGAAAUUCAAACAAGGCCUCAGGAAGCCAGCCGACGGCUUAGCUUCCCUCGACUUAGAACAAGCCACGGAAAUAUGCAAUGCUCUUGAUGCCGCCUUUGCUCAAGAGACCACCGAAAACAUCCAGGUACAUUAUCAUCACCACCCACCUCCAGUGACUUCAGCUGCAACACAGAAAGAGCAUUUCAGUCAUGUCUCUUGUUGUAUUGACCAUGUAAAACAUUUGGAAGAACAGGCUAAUCUUAGCCACUGCUGUGUAUAGGUUUGCAAAGAUUGGAUCAUUAGGCACAUUGCGCCAUCCAAAGCCCGUAUCGCUCUCCUGGGCGACUACUUGAUCUCGCUAUCA